CACUCACUGUCUGUACUCUUCAGUCUGACUACUCUUUCUCUCUGUACUCACUUUCUUCAAGAUGAGAGCUAAGGCAUUGCCAUUCUUGAUAUUCUGUCUCAGUAUUGUUCAGUGUAUCUCCCAUGCAGCAGAAUCCAAUGGAGCCUCGGAGAAGCCUGAGACCGUUAGUUUUGAAACAGCAGGAGGGCUGAGACACAGCUUCCCUAAGGGGUUUGUCUUUGGAACUGCUACUUCUGCUUAUCAAGUUGAAGGCAUGGCUGAGAAGGAUGGUCGCGGGCCUAGCAUUUGGGAUGAAUUUGUUAAAAUUCCUGGGAUCGUUGCCAAUAAUGCCACAGGGGAAGUGGCAGUGGACCAGUAUCACCACUACAAGGAAGAUGUAGAUAUCAUGAAAAUGUUGAACUUCGAUGCAUACCGGUUCUCGAUUUCAUGGUCCAGAAUUUUCCCUGAUGGAACUGGAAAAGUGAAUUGGUUGGGAGUUGCAUACUACAAUAGGUUGAUCAACUACAUGAUCGAAAAAGGCAUUACUCCAUAUGCGAAUCUUUAUCACUAUGAUCUUCCCCUAGCACUAGAGAAGAAGUAUAAAGGAUUGCUGAGUUACCAAGUAGUGAAAGACUUUGCCGAUUAUGCAGACUUCUGUUUCAAGACCUUUGGAGACCGAGUGAAGAAUUGGAUGACAUUCAAUGAACCCAGAGUGGUAGCUGCACUUGGAUAUGAUAAUGGAUUAUUUGCUCCUGGCAGGUGUUCCAAAGCAUUCGGGAACUGUACAGCCGGCGACUCUGCAACAGAGCCUUAUAUUGUUGCUCAUCAUUUGAUUUUAUCUCAUGCAGCCGCAGUUCAGAGAUACCGCGAGAAGUAUCAAGAAAAACAAAAGGGAAGGAUUGGGAUUCUCUUGGAUUUUGUUUAUUACGAACCUCUUACCAGCUCAAAAGCUGACAACUUGGCAGCUCAAAGAGCAAGAGACUUUCACAUUGGAUGGUUUAUCCAUCCUAUUGUGUAUGGUGAAUAUCCAAAAACAAUGCAAAAUAUUGUCGGGAAUAGACUACCCCAGUUUACAAAAGAAGAAGUUAAGAUGGUGAAGGGCUCAAUGGAUUUUGUGGGCAUCAACCAAUAUACAACUUUCUACAUGUAUGAUCCUCAUCAGCCUAAACCAAAGUACUUGGGCUACCAGCAAGAUUGGAAUGUUGGAUUUGCUUAUAAGAAGAAUGGAGUGCCAAUUGGUCCAAGAGCAAAUUCUAAUUGGCUUUACAAUGUACCAUGGGGUAUGUACAAGGCUGUGAUGUACAUAAAAGAGCGCUAUGGAAACCCUACAAUUAUACUAUCUGAAAAUGGGAUGGAUGAUCCUGGUAAUUUCACGCGUUCGAAAGCAUUGCACGACACCACUAGAGUUGGCUACUUUAAGGCCUAUUUGACUCAGCUGAAGAAGGCAGCUGAUGAAGGAGCCAAUUUAGCUGGUUACUUUGCAUGGUCAUUGCUUGACAACUUUGAAUGGAGGUCAGGCUACACUUCAAGGUUCGGCAUAGUAUAUGUUGAUUACACCAACCUAAAGAGGUACCCCAAAAUGUCUGCCUAUUGGUUCAAGAAACUACUGGAGCGGAACAAACACUAAACAUAGCAGCCAGGCUUUCCUUUCGAUUUAGUUGUCUGGAAAUUAAUAUUAUUACAGUAAAGCUAUCAAGAACAUUGUGUUUGGGCUCUUUCA